AUGGGAAUAUUAUCUGGCAAGAAGUUCUUGAUAUUACCGAACUCUCAUACUGCAUCAGUGAAUAUUUUAGCUGGGAUAGUGAAGGAACAAGGAGGUUUUCUAGUGAGUUCAGCAGAUCGGUUAAGCAACGAUGUGGUGGUAUUAGUUAAUGAUUCGUUUGUUGACAAGACCAAUAAGAUAGUCAAUCGCGGGUUGUUCUUGAAAGAAUUCGAGUUGGAUGCUUCUGUGGUUUGGACUUAUGUAUUGGAAAAUGAGCUGGUGUGCCUAAGAGUAUCUUUGGUACCCUCAUGGGUGGAAAACGGAACUUUCCAUUUCAGUGAUAGUGAAAGAAUAAUACUUUUAGACAGUGAGAGUCAAGAGCGGGAUACUAAGAACGUUCAAUUUCAUAGUGCUGGAAAUGAAGAAGCAGGUAGCGACGAUGAAACGGAUGUGGAAGGAAAUAAAGAAUCAACGGGAGAUAUGACUGAUGUGUCAGACACAGCCACGCCGCAAUUACAGAGUUCACCACUGAGUAAGUAUAUUAAGCAAGAAGAAGACAUAGAUAAUCAAGUCUUAAUAAAUGCCCUUGGGAGAUUAGUGAAAAAGUAUGAAGUUAAGGGCGACCAGUAUAGGUCGAGAAGUUACAGAUUAGCAAAGCAAGCGGUCGAGAAGUAUCCUCAUAAAAUUACUUCCGGAUCGCAAGCUCAGCGGCAGUUAUCUAACAUUGGGUCUAGCAUCGCUAAGAAAAUUCAGCUUUUAUUAGACACUGGGACGCUUCCGGGAUUGGAAGACCCAGCUACAGACGAAUAUGAAAGCUCUUUGGGCUAUUUUUCGGAAUGUUACGGAAUUGGGGUCCCUAUGGCGAAGAAAUGGAUUACAUUGAAUAUAUCAACGUUCUAUAGAGCCGUCAGACUGCAUCCUAAACUAUUUAUUUCCGACUGGCCAAUACUAUACGGCUGGACAUAUUAUGAGGAUUGGUCAAAGAGAAUCCCACGAGAUGAAGUAACUGCCCAUUUUGAGCUAGUAAAAGAGGAAGUAAGACGAGUAGGAAAUGGAUGUAGUGUAGAGAUGCAAGGAAGUUAUGUGCGUGGGGCGAGAGAUACAGGAGAUGUUGACUUAAUGUUUUAUAAGGAGAAUUGCGAUGACCUGGAGGAAGUUACUAUUGGUAUGGAAAAUGUCGCUGCAAGUCUAUAUCAGAAAGGAUAUAUUAAGUGCUUCCUGCUAUUGACAGAUAAACUAGAGCGAAUGUUUAGGCCAGACAUACUCUCUAGGUUACAAAAAUGUGGAAUUGCGGAGAUCAGUAAUGAGCACACAUUCCGCAAUUCAGAUCGCGGCAAGAAAUUGUUUUUCGGGGUAGAACUUCCUGGGGACUAUCCAAUUUAUCCAUUCGAUGAUAAGGAUAUACUUCAAUUAAAGCCGCAGGACAAGUUUAUGUCUAAGAGCAAAGAUGCUGACCAUUUUUGCCGCCGAUUAGAUUUCUUCUGUUGCAAAUGGUCUGAACUUGGUGCUGCUCGCAUACACUAUACCGGUAAUACUGAUUAUAAUAGGUGGUUAAGGGUCCGCGCCAUGGAUAUGGGGUAUAAGUUGACUCAGCACGGUAUCUUUAAAGAUGAUGUUCUUUUAGAGAGUUUUGACGAAAGAAAAAUAUUUGAAUAUCUGCACGUACCUUAUCUCAAUCCUGUUGAUCGUAACAAGACAGAUUGGGUAAACAUUCCUAUACCGAAAUGA